GCAGCGGUGGUCCCGCACUCCGCGAGCGGCGGCGGCAGCGGGCGGGAUGAGCGAGCGCAGCCCCCAUGACCCCCCCUCGGCGGAGGCCCCCGGUGGGCAGCAGCAAGCCAAGGCCGGUGACCCCAAGAAGGAGGAGGAAGAGGAGGAGGAGGAGGAGAUCGACAUCGACCUGAGCGCGCCCGAGACGGAGCGCGCGGCGCUCGCCAUCCAGGGGAAAUUCCGCAAAUUCCAGAGGCGCAAGAAGAGUCGGGGCCCUGAGAAGGGGUCCCGGGACCACCCCAAAAACCCUCCUGGGGACCCCCGAGGGGCUGCGGGGGGGACGCAGCCGGGGGGUCCCCGCAGGGGAGGCGGCCUCCCCCCGCAGUGGAGCCCCCGUUUUCCUGGGAAUCCCUCAUUUUCCUGGGAAUCUCCCGUUUCUUGGGACCCCCCGUUUUCUUGGGACCCCCAGGGUUGGGGGGACGGGUCCCGCUGCAGCCCCCACCCCAGGAAAUCGGGGGUGCCACUCCCGUGUCAAUGUCACUGUCCCCCCCUUCCUCCAGAGAGGCUUUUGGCCCGUGCAAAGAAUAAAGUGUGAGGAAGAGGAAGAGGAAGAUGCUCUGGGGGUUCGGGGGGGUCGGGAAC